AUGAAGUCCGAGCCUGCGCAUAUUCAAGAUGUUGCUCUCAACCUUCUCACAGUGUCCAAGACUGUUAACCCAAACGACCCCACGAACGGCGAAAUCAACCGCCUUGAGUGCCAGACCUGCCCCUACCAAUACCUACUCGAGAGGCGUUACUUUGAGCGCAAGACCUUUGUGCGCCAGGAACGGGAUGAUGUGUUUGGAGGCCCAGAUUCUUGGAAAAAUGCCGAUAAGACGAAGAUCCAGUGUCCCAAGAACGGAUGCAAUGGCGAUGAGGCGGCCUUCUUCCAGAUGCAGAUUCGAAGUGCAGAUGAGCCCAUGACCGGGUUUUAUAAUUGUAUGUCUUGCGGAAACCGAUGGAGAGAGGGUUGA